AUGUGGAACAAACUGUUCAAAAGCAAAUCGAAAUCAUCGAAAAACCUCUCCAACCGGUCUUGCUCCGGUACGGGAUUGUCGGUUGCGGAUCCGGCGGCGGCGGGUGGACCGAGCAGCAGCGUCGCCCAGUACGAACAGUAUGGCAGCAGCGUUGGGGUGGCACCAGAGCCCGUCCGGAUGCGAUCGCGGUCUGCCGUGCGUGAUCCGGAUGCGCUCGAUCUGGCCACUUCAGCGGCCGCCAGUCACCGGGACUCGAUCGGCGUGCAGAUGUGCGGCAUUCCGAUGCGCCGAUCGAAGCUGUCCAGUGCGUUCAAAAGCCUCAGUCUGAAGCGCAGCGCCUCGAAGAGUCGACUGAAGUUGGCACCGCAGGGUUCUACGGGACCCGAUGGGUCCAGGCCCCCUGCCGUACCGCUGCUUGCCGACGAGUACGACGUUCUCGUGGCCGGCAAGCGGGCCUCGCUGCGACCUUGCAAAUCAGAUAACAAUCUCAACGAAAAGCAGCAGUACACCGAGGCCGAAAAGGAGGAACCGGUCUACAUCGAAGAGUGCAAGCCGUACGAACCGUUUGAGGUGUCCAGCGAACCACCGCCGAACCUUGAACUGCAGCCAUGCCCCAUCUGCUCGCGGAAGUUUGCACCAGCCUCGCUGGCCAAGCACAUCGGUAUCUGUGAGCGGGUGCAGGCGAAGAAACGGAAACCGUUCGAUUCCUCCCGCCAGCGACGGGAGGGCACGGAGCUGGCGUCCUAUCUGCCGAAGAACUUUGGGCUUCCUCAAAAGACGGUAAGCAGCUCGAGCGAGGCGAUCCCUGUUCGAAAGCUAAGCCUCAGCAAAACACCAACGUUUGAGCGGAAAGAGUUCAGCCCAACGGCGGCCAUGUCAACGUCCAUGCCGAGCGCCGCAAGUACACCGAAACCAGUGCUAAAGCGCAGUAUGUCGCAGCAAAACGAACCCUGUCCGUACUGCGAGCGAUGCUUUGGCAUGAAGGCAUACGACCGCCAUGUCGAGUGGUGUCGGGAAAAGGCCCUCUUAAGCAAAAACGCCGGUAACAAUCACAGUAUUUCGGCUGCCAAGGAACGUCUCCAGGCUAGAAUUCAGUACAAAGCCCCCCAAAUACGAUCGAAACGUGCCUUAAAUCGAGAGAAAUACUCUGGCAGCUUGAGCUGCGGUGGGUCCACUAACAGUCUCGCGGAACUGGAUCUGCAUAUGCCCCGUCACAACUCCAUGAGCUCGUCCGUUUCGAGCGAUAAUAGAAAGCCCCAUCCAUCAUCAACUUCAUUGCAGCAACUCUCCUUGAGCAUCGGCACUAACGUCGCCAAGGAACCGAAAGCUAACACCAAACGGGAAGAGACGAGGAAAGUCACGAAACGGACCAAGACGUUUACGCUUAGUAGCGACCGACUGCAAAGUGAUUCGAACAAUAAUCAUAAACAGACUAAUAGUCCUAGUAACACCAACCAAAACGGCAACAACGGCAAUAAGCAUUUAUACCACCCGGCGGCCAGCAGCAACCGCAAUGAACUCAGCUGCCGAACACAGUCUAAAACGUUGCUGAGUCGGUCCACCAUAGACAACGCGACCGCUGGGCAACGGCAGGACAAAAGUCGACCUACCGAACAGCAACUGAAGGUGGAAAAGUUUGAAAUCAUCGGCCAUGGUCAUAGCGAACGGUUGACCCAGCGGCCAGUCCUCACGCAAACCGUGCGAUGCACGAUGAGCAACAGUGGAUAUAGCCCUGACCGGUAUGAUCCAUUCCUGUCCGCCCGGAGACAGCUUGAGGAGCUGUUUUCGCCGGCCACAUCCCUCAUCCACGCGAGCUCCCCGGUAACCACGUCCACCAGCACGUCUCGGCUCAACCAAAUGGCGUUGAGCGCUGCUACGAACGAGGGCCACAAAGCUUCCAACGACGGUGCCAGCAGAACAUCGCCCCACAACUCCAACUUUCGGCGGGCCUACUCGCUCCGGAUGCCUCGGAAAGUAUCCCGUCCGAUGUACGUCGAGAAAGCGAAAUCCAACAUACAGAAGGGCAUCACCGACGAUGGGCCAGUGUCGCCCAAUUUCCUCAAGUCGUCCGAGUACGACGAGCUACCGAUCAAAUCGACCUUCAAUGCGCUGCAAAUGGCAGAACCGAAACCGAAGCUGCGCGAUUCGAGCACGGUCCGGAAGAAUCUCAAGCUGGACAUUAAGGAUCCGAAUCACCCGGCGGCCGGAGCGGGUGAUUUACCACUCUCGAAAACGGACUCUUUGGCCGUGUUCUUGAAGUAUGAAACUGAGCUAGCACUGAGCGAGAAGGAUAUGAAGGACAAAAGCAACAGCCUCAGUAAACGGACGUCCUCUCUCUGCGUGGAAACUGCUAGCCAACAAAGAAAGCAGGAACCGCUGAGCGUGAAUCAUCCACCGGUGAAAAAACCCGAAACGCCGGUACACGAACUAGAGCCAACGGUCGAUCGAACAAUGCCAAGCGCCGAAGAGACGAACGUUGCGAAGAAGCAACCCCAAAAGCUGAUACCGAUCAAACUGGAACCGAUCAACAUCACCUACAAUGGGAACACUGGUACGGAAAGUUCCGCGACCAACAAACCGGUGGUUAUAUCGCUCGACGCGAUCAUUGGCAAAUCAAGCUGCACGAAACCGAGAGAUACGCAGUACGACAAAGAAAAUCGCUCCGAUAACAAUUACAUCGAUCCAAAGCUUAUAAACAAAUGUGAUAACCUACCGAUAAAUCUCCUCAAAACGACAACAAUGGAUAUCGACUUAAGCGGCAGCACUAGGACCAGCAGCAGCAGCGAUACCCUGGGCAACGGCCCGUUGGUAACGGAGGGCAAGCAACUGUUGAUUAAGUCGGUUGAACCGGAGGAAGAUCGAACUGUUCCUCCACCGCCUCCUCCUCGUACAUCGAAAAGAGUGUUUCAAAAACCACUGGAACAGAAGAACAACAUGGCAAAGAGCGGUGACUCUCAGAUAAGCCAGGGCGAUAGGACGCAAAGUGGCUCCAGCAAUGCAAGCAGCCUUGCGUCAAGCCACUCUAGCAGUCCGGUGGAUAAUAGAACUACCGAAGAUAGUACAAAGGGUGACAAACGGCCGCCGCUCACGCGCCAAGAUCGGGAGGAUUCGGGCUACCGGACCGGGCAGGACUCACUUCCCGAUUCUGGAGAGCGGGAAAAGCAGGAACAAACCGGAAAACCGUCACCAAAAAGUGCGCUAAAGACAACUUCGAGCAGUGCGAACAACAAUUACAACCGUCCUACAUCAUCGCCUCCAUCCACGGCCAAUGAAAGCCAACCGCUGGGAACCAUACGAUCGCCCAUUUCUACUGGUCCUACCACCCCUCGGAGCAGCACCAAUGGCGGAGAAGAACAAAGGCGCCGACCGCCCAUAGUCUCUGCGUUGGAAGACUUCGACGUCGACGAGUUCAUGCAAUCCCUGGACGAUUUGCACCGACGGUCACCGGCCAGCGCGAAAGACUUCAAGCAGUCCCUAUUUGGGCGCACACAGAGCACCGUCACUAGCCGCAGUGUGUCCGCCGGGCAAACGACCAUCGCUAGUAGCAAGCGAAGCAAUAGUCUCGACAGUAGCAACAGCAACACGAUUCUCAGCACCAAUCACCACCACAACGAGCGCACCGACCAGACCAGUAGCGGCGUGCCGAGAGUGGAUGUGCGUGUGCGGAAUGGUAGCGGCACCGCCAGUACCCAUAACAGUAGCAAUAGUAGUAGUAGCAUUAGUAGCCCUAGCCAUUACAGCAGACACUUCACCAGUAACAUUUACAACCAUAGCAACUCAAACAAUAAUAACAACAGUCUACAUAACCACAGCGGCAGCAAGGGCGUAACUGAGACGAGAACAACGGCAUCGCCAGACGCCGCCCAUCCAUUGGCGCAGCGGUUGAACCAUGCGCGAAAUUCGCCACUCGUCGCUCGUCGACGCCCGAGUGAAGAAUCUAACAUCUUUUCGCUUCCCUCCGUACCUCCGUCACCUUCCGGUGGUGGACUCAGCACCAACUCUACUGUACAAAAUCUCCCGAACAUUCACCAAACGAUGGGCGACCCCUGGCGGAAUGGAAAUGGCAACACUGUCCAGCCUAAGCACCAUCACCAUCAGGCCGGCAACGUCCAUGUCCCGGCACGGUCGUACUUCUCGUCGCCGAGUCCUGUGAAUGGACGAAACGGGGGAUACAUUAAUAACAACCCACACCAUGCCGCUAGCCACACCGGCACACCGACAUCUUCGACCUCUUCGAGUCACUGGCCAGCUUCCUUCCACGAUCCCCGGUUUCCGGCGGAAUCGUUCGAUCAUCUCGAGCGCGAUCUGCUCAAGAGCGUGCAAGAGCUGGACCGAAUGUGCGGUUCGUCGUCGUCGGUCUGCUCGAUCGAUUCCGAGGAACUGUACAGUGUGGACGAAUAUCCGCUUGACAAGCGCUCCUCAGAGCGCUCGCAGGCCAGUGCGGACUCGGCGUACCGAAGCAGUCUCUCCACGCAAUCACCACCGGACUACGCACCGCCGGUGCCAUUACGCCAGGGCCGGCCAAGUUCCCGUUCCAGCUCCACAGCCAGCCAGAAGAACCAUCAGGCGGACCCGCCGGAAAGCACAUUCAAUGCCCUCCCUUCGCACACAUCCCUUCCGCCAUUGACCAGCAGCACGCUGAAGGGUCACCAGGUCGAAAUGUACCCAAACAAAGACGGCAUGACGGAUAGUUCUGGCCCAAAUCUAAUCCUGAAUCCAAUGUCCAAAUUUUGUCAUGAGUGCGGCGCACGGUUUAUGAUUAGCAGCGCUAAAUUCUGUAUGUCCUGCGGUGUGAGAAGAAUUAUGAUGGAGUAGGUUUUCGAGUUGGUUUUGUUUUUUUGUUUUACUAUAACUUUUGUUUGUAUAAUGUUUCUACUUUUACGCGGCGAUCGAGAGUGGUUCGCUCAAGUCCCAAAAUGUAUUUAGAUUUUUUUUAUAUCGUUUAACGCAAACGGCAAACAAGCAUUAAACUAGAACGUUUAUGUUACCAGUGAACAAAGCAAAAUACAAGUAACAAACUCACUCAUACUGGUAAACCCUUAAUACAUGAAACAAAUAGUAAUAGAAACCGAUAACGCACCGCAUAUUAACAAAGACUGAAAGCUGAUCCUGAAUACAUUUGAGGGGGGAGG